CACCACGGGCUCUGGGAUCAGUUGGACGAGCGCGAGAGCGGAGGAAUGCAGCAGCUGAUCGGAGUAGCGCGGAGGCUAGGUCAACGCUCUGCCGGAGCAUGGAGCUGGGCCAGAGGAGGAGUAACCGUAACCGGUGGGAACAGAGGCAUCGCCUGUCUGGCCGCACUCUCGGAGACCCAUCAGAUUCUCCAGAAGACCUGCCGAGACUUUGCCAAUGCAGAAUUGGCGCCUCGGGCCCGCCAUCAUGAUCGAGAGGAACUAUAUCCGGCGGAACAGGUCCGCCGGUUGGGGGAACUCGGCCUUCUGUCGGUGGCGGUAAAGGAGGAAUAUGGUGGAUCUGGAUUGGACUACCAGGCCUAUGCCAUUGGCAUGGAGGAGGUGGCCAGGGGAGAUGCCGCCGUGUCCAUUGUGAUGGGUGUAAACAACCUGUUCCUGGGCGCAGUGCAGCAACAUGGAACUGAGAAGCAAAAACAGGAUUUCUUGGUGCCCUACACCCAGGGUGAACACAUUGCCUUCUACGCGCUGUCGGAGCCCGGCAACGGAUCGGAUGCAGGUGCCGCCAGCACCACAGCUAAGCAGGAGGGAGAUGGCUACCUCCUCAACGGAACCAAAGCCUGGAUAUCGAACUCAAAGGAGGCCAGUGGAGGUCUCGUCUUUGCCACCGUGGACAAGGCCCUGAAGCACAAAGGAAUCACUGCUUUCCUCACGCCAAAGGAUGUCGAGGGACUCUCCAUAGCCAAGAAGGAGAGCAAGAUGGGCAUGAGGGCCAGUUCCACCUGUCAGGUGGUGCUGGAGGACGUCCAGGUGCCCAGUUCCCGUGUGCUUGGAGCCCCUGGUGAUGGCUUCAAGAUCGCCAUGCAGUCACUGGACUGUGGCAGGAUCGGCAUUGCAGCCCAAGCAACUGGAAUUGCACAGGCUGCCCUGGAAUUGGCGGUGGAUUACUCCCAGAAGAGGAUCGCGUUCGGAAAGCAACUGUCACGGAUGCAACUCAUCCAGCAGAAGCUGGCAGAGAUGGCCACCCGGGUGGAGACCUCCCGCUUGCUCACCUGGCGCGCCGCCUGGCUAAAGGACAACGGCAUGCCCAUCACCAAGGAGGCGGCCAUGGCCAAGCUGCACGCCUCGGAGGCGGCCACCUACUGCGCCCACCAGUGCAUCCAGGUGCUGGGCGGCAUGGGAUACACCACGGACUUGCCCGCCGAGCUCUACUACCGGAAUGCCCGAGUCACGGAGAUCUACGAGGGCACCUCGGAGAUCCAAAGGAUUGUUAUAGCCAACGCCGUGCUCCGGGAAUUUGGCAGAGAGUGACUGCAACAGAAACUAAGCCCCAAAUAUAUGCAUUUACUCACAGGAGAAA